CGUCUCCUCCUCGGCGAGGCAUCGGCGGCACUCCUGGCUCGGCUCCCUUCAUGGCCGCGAGGACCCGGCGGCGACGGCGGCGGUGGUGGAGGCGGCGGCGGCUGUUGCUCGAGCCCGAGGCGCCCUGAAGCCCAAGCGGGGCCGCAGCGAGAUGGGUCUUCUGGAGUGAUGCCACCAGAGUCGCCUCGCCCUCUCUUCCGCCAUGUUGGCCUGCCUGCAGAGGACCCAGAACCCCCCCAGGCAGCCUCUGGGUUGUCCGAAUAAGGCCCUGGAGCCACGCAAGGGUGACGCCAUGGCUCCCAUCCGUUCCCCGCGAUACCCCAGCCCGGCUGAGCUCGACGCUUAUGCCCAGAAGGUGGCAAACAACCCUCUCACCAUCAAGAUCUUCCCCACCAACAUCAGGGUCCCCCAGCACAAGCACCUUAACCGGACGGUGAACGGGUACGACACGAUGGGCCAGCGCUACAGCCCCUACCCUCUGCACGCCAGCAGCUACCAGGGCCUCCUGGCCGUCGUGAAGGCGUCCGCUGGGAAAGGGACCGUGAAGAGCGCCGAGGGCAAGCGGACCAAGAUGCCCCCUGCUGUAGCCCCCUACUCAGUGGCAAGCACUUUAGCAGCCGGGCCCUCCUGCGUGGCCCAGCUCGGCUACCCUGGCGGCCAGAAGCAGAUGGAGGCGCCCGUCCCGCCCAACGUCACGGUGGCCGCCUCGGUCGUCCCGCACGCCGGCCGGAGCUUGGUGCUGCCCCAGGCCAACCUGCCCUCCAUCCAGAACAUCAUUUUUCAGAUCAAUCAGCAGUGCCAGGCUCAGGCCGGGCAGCAGAUGUGCCAGGGGGUGGUGGUGGCCAACCCCAGCCCGGCCAAGCACGGCACCGCAGGCGGCUUCACAACCAUGGCUACGGUGGGAGCGGCAGUGGCCUACACGGGGGCCGUCUUGCCGGAUUGUCGGAAGGGCACUGAGCUGGUGGCCGGCUCCAACCCGGGCAGUGGCCUGGCGGGACCCAAGCCGGGCCUUUACCCGGACGGCAUGGAUUAUCUGCUGUGGCAGCAGAAGCAGCAGCCGCUGCGGAUGUACAGCGCAGGCAGCGGGGGGGCCGUCAGCAAGUCGCCCGAGGUGUGUGCCGGGCUCUUGCGUGCCUACCCCGUGAGUGGUGCCAGCGCCGCGGACAAAGUGCCCUCUUCGCCCUUGAACUGCGUGGGCGUGCACGGGAAUUUCUCGGUGGGCCAGUACUUCGCCCCCGCGUGGAACAGCGUCUUGGUGACGCCCAACAGCAGCGACUGCUACAAUGCCCCGGAGCUGCCCACCGGGCCCCGGGACCUGGGCCUGCCCCCCUCGGAGGGGCUCCCCAGCCUUGCCAGCAAGGCGGCUUGCAACACCUCCAUCCUCAGCAGCAGCCUGCAGUCGCUGGAGUACCUGAUCAACGACAUCCACCCGCCCUGCAUCAAGGAGCAGAUGCUGGGCAAGGGCUACGAGACGGUCUCCGUGCCCCGCCUCCUGGACCACCAGCACGCCCACAUCCGCCUGCCCAUCUACAGAUAAGGGCAGUGGCGCCCCCGGGCCAGGCUGCCCAAAGUGGGGGCACAGGGAUGGGUCAUACGGAUGCUAAGGAUGUGAACAGGGAGAUUUUGCUGCUAUUCUGGGAGUGCCCUGAAAACGGGUGUGUGCCUGCCUGCGGGCAUUGCCAGCCAGACUGCCUGGGAAGGCGCCCCCCCCCUCCUCUAUCCUCUUUCUGCCCAGGGUGGCACCU